GGCACAGAGAGAGUGUUUCAUCCCAUUACUUGUGAAUAGUAAUUUAGUAUUGUUUAGUGAGUAAGAACCAUUGAUUUUAAAGUCAUCCUAUGAAAUUGUCUGUGAUUAUGUGAUAGUGCAUAGCAUACAUAUAUGGUAAUAAGACAAAAUAACAAUUGGAGUGAACAAGAAAGAAAAAAUAAAAGUAGUACAAAAGCUUAGUGGACAAGACAAAUACAUAUACAUACAAAUAUAUAUAGGUUUAGUGUUAGUAUGUGUUUUGAAGAUGGAAAAAAUAAGGGGAAAUUUGACAUGUGUUUCAUGAUUGCUAGAUUCCUUGUUGGGAUUAAUUGCGUGCCUCAACUACGUACGGCUUCAAGCUUCUGUUUCACACAUUUGAUCGUACUCUUUAGGAGCUUCAUUUCUUGUGUGCUACCACCAAAGGGUUGUAAAGGUCAGUUUGCUGCAAAGAUUCACGUAAAUAAUGUACCUGAGAGGAAGUUGGCGUGCUAAUAAUCAUUGGGGUUCAUCGGUUUCUAAGAGUAGAAUCCACAGCAAGAGGGAUAGAAAGUUGAAUGCUCUAGUAUCAAAGCAAGAUCUUCAUCAAUCUUCAAGCUCGUUACCAAGGAGAAGGAAGUUACAAUAUCUGAAGCUACCACCUACAUUGUUCUCGUUCCAAUUUCUUGAAUCCGUCAUGAAAUUGCAAGUGAAAGACGUGUGCAAGAAGCAACAACACCACCCCAUUGAUUUGUUACCGAAACCAGAAGCAUGGUUAUGGUCUUUUGAAGUUCUUCACGUGGCUGCAGUGAAGCUCCAGAAAGUUUACAGGAGUUACAGGACAAGAAGAAAUCUCGCAGACUGCGCAAUUGUCUGCGAGGAGCUUUGGUGGAAGGCUUCUGAAUUCGCCGAUAAAACAGAAUCAGCUAUAUCAAAAUGGAGAAGAGCUAGAGCCAUGGCUGAUGAGAUGGGAAAAGAGUUUUCCAAAGAUUAUAAGGCGCAGAAUUUGGCUCUAAGUCACUGGCUUGAAGCUGUAAGAUUAGUGUUUAAUUUCUAUAUAUAUAUAAAUACAUGGUUACUUGCAAUGCAAGCAAAGUCACUAUACUAUGGUUUAAUUUCCUUUCAUAUUUUUCAGAUUGAUCCACGUCAUCGUUACGGGCACAACUUGCACUUUUAUUACAACAUCUGGUUUUGGAGCAAGAGCUCCCAACCCUUUUUUUACUGGCUGGAUGUUGGAGAUGGCAAGGAAGUUAACCUUGAAAUAUGCUUAAGAAAGAACUUGCAAAGGCAACGAAUUACUUACCUUGGACCUGAGGAGAGGGAAGCAUAUGAGGUGAUGAUUGUGGAAGGAGGAAAACUGGUUUAUAAGCAAAGCCAGAAACCUGUUCACACCACUGAUGGGUCUAAGUGGAUUUUUGUUCUUAGUCCAUCAAGAGUUUUGUAUGUUGGUCAGAAAAAGAAAGGAGAAUUCCAACAUUCUAGUUUUCUAGCUGGAGCUGUUACCACUUCUUCUGGAAGAUUAGUUGCCCAUAAUGGACUCAUUGAUGCUAUUUGGCCCUACAGUGGUCAUUACCGUCCAACAGCAAAGAAUUUCUUGGAAUUCUUACAUUUCUUGGAGGCUAACCAUGUUGAUUUGACUAAUGUCAAGAAAUAUCCGGUAGACGACGAUGUGCCAAGUGAAGUGGGAUCAAGUGAGUCACCAACAAAUGAAAACUCAGCAAUAAUACAAGCAAGCAAGUGGAGCACUGGAGUUGGUCCAAGAAUUGGUUGCAUGACAGAGUACCCUAAAGAGCUGCAAGUGAUGGCACUUGAGCACCUUGGAAGAUUUGUUGGCAUGGCACCCAUUGCAUCUCCAAGACCUACUCUCAAACUCCACCUCUCCCCUAAACUUGUCUAUAUGGGAAUAGAAUGAUAAUUUUUUUUUUUUAUCUCCCUAGUCCCAUAGUUAGAAUUUAGAUGGACCUUGUUAUUUUUCAUUCUACUUUUAGGGUUGGACAA